AUGUCUGCCAAUGCUGCCCAUCCGCGCUCACCCAAACCCAUCAUCCGCUGGUCUGGUGACUGGUCUGUAAAUGCAACUUCAUGUCGCUCCAGACACGCAUCCGAAUCCUCAAACUCAGGAGGCCACUCUCCACGUUCUUCGCGUCCACCCUCGCCGAAUCUCGCUGCUUUGAACGAGGCUUUAAAUGACAAUAUUCUGCCUACACCACCAGCGGCAGCUCGUCUCCCAUCUUCACUCUAUGCUUCUCGCUCCCUUUUCCGUCCACCGCCUUGUCUCAACAAUCUUACUCGUUCUACUCUCCCCAUUGCGUCUCUUUCCCGCCAUCCACAUUCCGUAGAUGCUUCAUCGCCCUACCUUGCAAAGUCAGACAAUCCAUUAGCUCCGCCUCUCAUUGACCCCACCCACUCCUCACCACCUGGUUCUUCGUUGGACACGCUUCGCUCAGUACAAGACCGUGGUCUACAUACUUUUGCCACUCCUCACGUCAACGCUAGCAGACCGCUCAGCUGGUGGUUCUUCCCGUCAGAUAGCAAAGAUAAUGUAGAUACUCUGCUAAAUGAAGAAGACAGUACUGAUAGUACGCAAGGUGCUCAAGAUAAAAUCAGGAAGAAGUACCGCGCGCCUAAGAACCCGGUGGUAUUUUGCCAUGGCCUUCUUGGUUUUGAUUCUGUAACCAUUGGACCUGCCAUCGCCCCUCUUCAAGUAGCUCAUUGGCGAGGGAUAAGAGAAGUGCUAGAAGCCAACGACAUAGAGGUCCUUAUUACUCGGGUACCAGCAACCAGCAGUCCUGUAGAUAGAGCAAAGGUCCUCGAAAAGAAGAUAUCAGAAGUAUACCCUGGAAGAAAAGUUCAUCUCAUAGGACACAGCAUGGGUGGACUUGACUGUCGUUAUCUUACCACUCAUCUAACUCAUCGCACAUUCGAAGUGAUUUCCAUCACGACGAUUGCCACUCCUCAUCGUGGUUCAUCAUUUGCAGACCACUUCAUCACCACCGUAGGAAAGGAACGCAUGCCCUCUAUCAUAUCCCUUCUCGACUUACUUCCAAAUGGCGGUGGCGAUGGCAAAGCAUUUGAGUGUCUAACCUUGGAGAGCAUGCGUCAAUUUAACGAGCAGACGGAAAAUGUAGAUGGGGUCAGGUACUUCAGCUGGGGUGCAGUAUAUGAGCCUGGCAUGAUCGAUACCUGGAAAUGGCCGCACUCGGUUAUACUUGAGAAGGAAGGACCAAAUGAUGGUCUAGUUUCUGUGGAGUCAUCAAAAUGGGGAACCUACCUUGGUACUCUGUCCGGUGUGAAUCAUCUCGACCUUGUUGGGUGGAUAAACACCGCCCGUUAUAAGUGGGCAGAAAUCCGCGGGAAAGAGAUCAAGUUCAAGCCUGCGACAUUCUAUUUAGGCAUUGCUGAUUAUCUCGCUUGGGAAGUGGAAGGACAGGGUAAAGAAGAGGGACAUAGCGGCGGUCGUGGUGUAGGAGGGGGUGCAAGGGACAAAGUCGGAGAGGGUGUGGCAGUGGCAGGAGAUGCUCGCGACGAUUGA